CCUUUUACGAAUUUUUACAUUUUAUAUCGUGGUAAAAACAUAAGUGAUUUGGUGAGAUUCAAAUGAACGACUCAAGAGGCAAAAUCAAUGAAUCUUCGAUUCGAUGUUCAGAUAAUCUGAUCGUCUUACUCUGAUGUUGUCAGCAGCGAAGUGAUCCACACUACAGGAAUAGAUCAAUGGAGCGAAUGCUAAAAGCCGCCAGAGCCUCUGGCUCUCUCAAUCUAUCAAAUCGCUCCCUCAAGGAAGUGCCCGAUGAUGUAUACAAAAGCUUGGAUGCAGUUGGUGAAGGUGAAAACUGGUGGGAGGCAGUGGAGUUGCAGAAGCUGAUAUUAGCUCAUAAUGACAUUGAAUUGUUAAAGGAAGACAUAAGAAACUUACCUAUGUUGUCUGUGUUGAAUAUUAGCCACAACAAGCUUUCCCACCUUCCAGCUGCAAUAGGAGAGCUCAAAUCACUGAAGUCAUUAGAUGUCUCUUCUAAUUUACUACAUGAGAUACCUGAAGAAAUCGGAUCAGUGACUUCUCUCAUCAAGUUUGAUUGCUCCAACAACCAACUUAAAGAACUUCCUUCCUCCCUUGGUAACUGCCAAGAUCUAUCAGACCUCAAGGCAACAAACAAUGGCCUCAUUAGCUUGCCAGAAGAUAUAAGCAACUGCUCAAAAAUGUUGAAGUUGGAUUUAGAGGGUAACAAGCUCACAGUAUUAUCUGAGAAGUUAAUUGGAUCAUGGACUUCACUUACUGAACUUAAUGCAGCAAAAAACACACUUAAUGGAAUCCCAGAGAAUAUCGGAGGCCUUUCACGUCUCAUUCGCCUUGAUUUACAUCAAAACAGAAUUUCAGUGAUUCCAUCAUCAAUAAUGGGAUGCUCUUUGUUGGCUGAGUUUUAUAUUGGGAAUAACUUUCUUACAUCAAUACCAGCAGAGACAGGAAAACUUACGAAUUUAGGGACACUUGAUCUUCAUUCAAAUAAGUUGAAGGAAUAUCCAGUUGAAGCAUGCAAAUUGAAGCUUUCAGUAUUGGAUUUGUCUAAUAAUUCACUAUCUAGCCUCCCCCCUGAGAUUGGUUUGAUGACAACUUUGAGGAGGCUUGUACUCACUGGCAAUCCUAUAAGAACUCUAAGAAGCUCACUGGUGACGGGACCCACUCCUGCAUUGUUAAGGUUUCUGCGAAGUAGACUUCCUGCUGAAGAAGAAAGUGGAACAACAUCUGAGAGCAAAGAAAAAGUUAUUGUUAUGGCUUCUCGUUUAUCUCUUGCUUCAAAGGAACUUUCUUUAGGAGGGCAUGGGUUGAGUGUUGUUCCACCACAAGUAUGGGAAACAAGUGAUAUAACAAAAGUUGAUCUUUCAAGAAACACAAUUGAAGAUCUACCUGUUGAACUUUCUUCAUGUGCUUCUCUUGAGACUUUGAUUUUAUCAAGGAACAAGAUUAAAAUGUGGCCAAGUGCAAUCUUGAAGUCACUUCAACAUCUGGUGUGUUUAAAGCUUGACAUUAAUCCACUUAAACAGAUUCCAUCAGAUGGGUUUGAAGCUGCUUCCAAUCUUCAGAUAUUGGAUCUAAAUGGUAAUGCAGGUUGUUUACCUGAAUACCCUGCAUUUUCUUCAUUGAUGCAGUUACAGGAGCUAUAUCUUAGGAGGAUGCAAAUUCCAGAAGUGAGAGUGGAUAUAAUAAGUUUACCUAAAUUAAGGAUUCUUGAUAUGAGUCAAAAUUCCAUUCAAUCGAUUCCAGAGGGUUUUAAAAAUGCAACAUGUCUUCAGGAGCUUCGGUUUUCAGACAAUAACAUUAGUGCACUUCCUGCUGAACUGGGUUUACUGGAGCCCACUCUUCAAGUGCUACAGCUUGAUGGAAACCCUUUGAGAAGUAUACGAAGAACAAUUCUUGAUCGAGGAACCAAAGCAAUAUUGAGCUACCUCAAAGACAGAUUGCCCAAUCAGUAAAACAUGUUUUAAUAAAAAAUCUAUUAUUCUAAAACAAAUAUUUGUGAGAAGAUGUGUGUUGUAUGUGUUUCUAUUUGUUUUCCUUUGAUUUUGAAGUUAAUGUUAUAUUCUAAACUUGGUUGUUGAUAUGUACUUGUACGAGAAAAUGCUAGAAUGGAGGAGGGAAUGGAAUGGAGGAUUCCAUUCCGGUCCAAAAAAGUUGUUUGGUUGUCUUUAUGGAAAGGAAUAAUACAUUGUAUGAGAAUGAGAUUCCUUUUAAAUCCCGUGUUUUCUUUUUUAUUCCAACAAUCCUUAAUAUAUAUAGUAUAUUUUUUUCGUU